AUGGCAGAAGAGCAAAGGUAUGCUCGCCGGAGGCGCACACACUUUAGUGCAGAACAGCUUCAAGCACUGAAACAAGUGUUCGAAGAGACCAUGUACCCAGACUGGGUUACCAUGAUGGAACUUAUUUCAUCUACUCAGCUAGACGAAUCCGUGAUAAAGACUUGGUUUAAGAACCAGCGUGUGAAAAGGAAGAAAGAGCAGCAACAAACUGAUUCAAAUUCGUCACUAAAAUCAUCAAACCAGACGAUUUCAAUCAAAGAGGAGCAACCUCCCUUACCUGUAACUUCAGCAAACACUCAUCCCGGGAGUCCCAGCAUUUUGGAUGCCUGUGACCAUGAACUACCUCAGUCUCCUGAUAGCGUGCAAUCUUCAGGUGGUGCUGGUCCCUCCAAGUGGAAUUCGUCUUGGGAUUCUCCACCUCAUGAUCUCCAACAGAUAUGUCUGGGGGACCCUGAUCCUCCUUGGGCCUCCAUUCCCUAUGACAUAGAUCAACUUAUACAACUAUAUGCCUUACCUGGGGAUGAUGAUCUAGAUCAGUACCUCUCCCCCAGGUGUCCCAGUUCAGGAGAUAUGGCUGACAUACCCACCCUUAUUGAGAAAGAUCUAUGAUCCAAAUCCUGACCAACUGAGGGACGUUUCCAAAGGCCUUUCAUGGGUCAACGAAGUCUAAAU